CCCGUGCUGCUGCUGCCCCUGCAGACUCUGCAGCCGCUGGUCUCCGGGACCCUUGCACCUUCCCCCACCAUGCUGCCUGUACCCACAGCCUCACUCUUGGGGGGGCUCCUCACUGCCAGCCUCCUGCUGCCUCUCGUCCAGGGCCAGUCUCCCAACUACACCAGGCCCGUGUUCCUGUGUGGAGGCCAGGUGACUGGGGAGUCGGGGUACGUGGCAAGUGAGGGCUUUCCCAACCUCUAUCCUCCCAAUAAGGAAUGCGUCUGGACAGUGACGGUCCCCGAGGGCCAGAAGGUAUCUCUGUCCUUUCGAGUCUUUGACUUGGAGCAGCACCCGGCAUGCCGGUAUGAUGCCCUGGAGGUCUUUGCUGGGGCAGGAACCGAGGGCCAGCGGCUCGGACGUUUCUGUGGGACAUUUCGGCCUGCUCCUGUCGUCGCCCCCGGCAACCAGGUGACCCUGAGGAUGACUGCAGAUGAGGGCACUGGAGGACGAGGCUUCCUGCUCUGGUACAGCGGGCGGGCCACCUCGGGCACUGAGCACCAGUUCUGCGGGGGGCGACUGGAGAAGGCCCAGGGAACCCUAACCACACCCAACUGGCCGGAGUCCGAUUAUCCCCCGGGCAUCAGCUGUUCCUGGCACAUCUUGGCUCCCAAGGACCAGGUGAUCUCUCUGACCUUCGGGAAGUUUGACCUGGAGCCCGACACUUAUUGCCGCUACGACUCUGUCAGCGUCUUCAACGGGGCUGUGACUGAUGAUGCCAAGAGGCUGGGGAAGUUCUGCGGCGAUACUGCCCCAGGGACCAUCUCCUCCCAAGGAAAUGAGCUCCUGGUUCAGUUCGUCUCAGACCUUAGCGUCACGGCCGAUGGCUUCUCUGCUUCUUACCGGACGCUGCCCCGGGCUGCUGCCGAAGUGCCAGCUGAGAAACCCAGAGAGGACACCCUGUCCAGGGCUCCAGUCCGCCCUGGCCCCAAGCCUCCCAAAGCCAAACCCAACCCUGCUGGGAAACCCAACGCCUCACCUGAGGUUGCUGCCGCCAGACCUGUGAACCCCAGUACACCCAGUGUUCCCUGCCCGAAGCAGUGCCGGCGGACAGGCACCCUUCAGAGCAACUUCUGUAGCAGCAGCCUGGUGGUGACAGCCACCGUGAAGUCCAUGGUCCGGGGCCCUGGAGAUGGACUCACUGUCACCGUCAGUCUCAUUGGCGUUUACAAAAACGGAGGCCUGGAGCUGCCCUCUCCACCCACCGAUGCCCUCCUGAAGUUUAAUGUGCCCUGCAAGCAGUGCCCCGUUAUGAAGAAAGGAGCCAGUUACCUGAUAAUGGGCCAGGUAGAAGAGAACCAGCCAGUGCUUCCACCCCAGAGUUUUGUGGUUCUCUACCGAGACAACCAGAACACAAUUCUCACCAAUCUCAGCAAGAGGAAGUGUCCGCCCCAGCCUGCUCGGGUCAUGCGCUCCCAAGGCUGAGACCCAAGACCAGCCUCUAUGAUGCCAAGAAAUGUGCCUUGACUGAAAAGGGGGUCACCUCUCCCGUUCAAGGGUUUGGGAACUCAGCUUAGGAAUUUUGAUUCAUUCAUUCAGUAGAUCUUUCCCAUACAGAAUCAUCUCUUCAGAAGGCAAGUAGAAACUCAAUACCCCUUUGCUCAAGUCUUUCCCAUAUUCUCUUCCACUCAUGCCUGGUAAUUCUUGAGAGGUGAGAAUUCAUUCACCCUGUUCAUUUACUGACUUGCUGGGGGUCUUUUCACAGUGAGUGCAUUUAUCAG